GGGAGGCUAGUUGCACGUAUUUAGCUGGGGAGCAGUUGUAGGAAAGCGCAGUCUGUACUGGGAGAGUCGCUUAGAGGGGGAGCCGGACUGCGGAAGGUUACUCUAUCAUACUUGCUGAGGUCUCUUGGCUGCCAUUGAGGAGAGCGCAGCCUGAGCAUCACGUAUUGUUAAGAGCAGGAAUAGACAGACAUGAAGCCAAGUGAAGGAGCCGGGAGGAGCGCUCUCCCAGCUGACGGACACGGGGACAAGGCAGCGCCCAAUACACUUGCCGAUGGCGGAGAGGCGGCUGAGGAUCCCUGGAAAGAAUGUAUGGAGACGGCAGUGCAGCUGGCCCUCCGAGCCGGACAGGUCGUAAAGAAAGCGCUGACUGAAGAAAAAAGGAUCUCAACCAAAACAUCUGUGGUGGAUCUUGUCACAGAGACUGAUCAUUUAGUAGAAGAUCUAAUAAUUUCAGCACUGAAAGACAAGUUUCCCUCACACAGAUUUAUUGGAGAAGAAUCUACCGCUGCAGGUUCUAAAUGUAUUCUUACCGACAGCCCAACGUGGAUUAUUGAUCCUAUAGAUGGAACAUGCAACUUUGUACACAGGUUUCCUCCGGUUGCCGUUAGCAUUGGAUUUGCUGUCAAUCGAGAGCUUGAAUUUGGAGUGAUUUAUCAUUGCACAAAUGGAAAAAUGUAUACUGGAAGAAAAGGUCAUGGUGCUUUUUGCAAUCAAGAGAGACUCCAUGUGACACAAGAAACUGGGAUUAGAAACUCGUUAAUUUUAACAGAAAUUGGCCCAAAACGUGAUCCAGCAACCUUGAAAUUAUUCUUGGGUAACAUGGAAAAACUGCUUAAAUUCCAAGCUCAUGGGAUUCGUGUGAUUGGAAGUUCCACCUUGGCUCUUUGUCACAUGGCAUCAGGUGCUGCUGAUGCCUACUACCAAUAUGGACUCCAUUGCUGGGAUUUGGCUGCAGCAACUGUCAUAAUCCGAGAAGCUGGAGGCGUUGUGAUAGAUACUACAGGGGGACCUCUGGAUCUUAUGUCAUGCCGAGUGAUAGCAGCUGGGACUAUGGAACUAGCACAGAGUAUAGCACAAGAGCUACAGACUAUUGACUACGGCAGAGAUGAUGAGAACUGAAAAAUAGCUGACGUUCUUGACAAUAACCUGGUUCUUUAAGAGAUCUGCAACGGAGUACGACUGGAGUACUGGAUAUUUUAAUGGCUUAUCUAACUAGUACAUAGAGGCUUUUGUUUAGCACGCAGCUGUUUAUAUAAAAUGUAAGGGGGUUAUUUGUUGUGGGUUUUUUUUUUCUUUUUUAACCGUAGUUUUUUUUUUUAAUUUUUCAACGUGUUUCAGGGGUAAUUUUUAAGUCUUUAUAUAUGAUCUAACUGUUUUCACAACUGUCCUGGAGUUAUAAUCUAAUAUGUUUUGUGAAAUGUGGAGCUUAAAUUAAACUUUAUUUUUUCACUACCUCA